AAGGCAUGGCAGACCAGGAUCCAGUAUUUUAGUACUUUAACAUCGUUCCAUUCCACCACUUCCGCAGCGAAUAAUCAGGACGCUCAGAAUGCAUAAGCUGGAAGUUGUGCUGUUGUUUCUAUCUUCACUGCUGAGGGGCUGUUCAGCUGUACGUAAACCUGUCGACUGCAAUGAUUACAAGAACAGCUCCCCACAAAGUGGAGUUUACACCAUCUAUCCCUUCGGAGAGAAGUUUGGAAUUCAGGCGUUCUGUGACAUGACAACAGAUGGGGGCGGUUGGACGGUGAUCCAGAGGAGAAUGGAUGGGACCGUGAACUUCUACAGACCCUGGAAUCAGUACAAGACUGGCUUUGGUGAAGCUGAUGGAGAGCACUGGCUGGGACUGGAGUUCAUUCACAUGUUGUCCAGUCGACGGCCACAUGAACUGUUGGUGGAGAUGGAGGACUUUGAGGGGAGGCACGCCUCCGCUCGCUACUCAUCCUUCUCCGUAGCCUCUGAAUGUGAUGGGUACAGACUGCAGGUGUCGGGGUUCACUGACGGAGGAGCAGGAAACAGUCUAGUAGCUCACAAUGGCAUGAAGUUCUCCACCUUUGACAACGACCAGGACACGUGGCCAGACAACUGUGCUAAAAAGUUCCUUGGGGCUUUUUGGUACAGCGCCUGCCAUGACGCCAACCCAAAUGGAAUCUAUCGCUGGGGCGCAGACAAAACCAUCUUUGCCAUCGAUGUGGAGUGGAACAGCUGGAAAGGACGAGACUACUCCCUGAAAGGCAUAAGCAUGAAAAUCCGCCCUGCAAAUUAGAGAUACAAAGAUGAACUUGCACAAGGCGUUGCUCUGAUUCUUUAAAGGUUUUAUAUUACACAAAAUGGACUCUGGUGAGCUUUAGGUCAUGUUAUAAAGCUGUUACCUCAUCAAAAACAGACCUGGAGUUGUUGUUUCAUUCACAUGUUUGAGUAACACUUUAUUAUUAUUCUGUCUACAUCCACAAGGCUCAAAAAGUCAUGAAGUGGUAGUUUUCAAGUUAACGGCUACAUUUUAUGUUUAGUUCAGUACAGAUGUGGAAAUUCCAGGACUAAAAUUAUUCAAAUGAUUCUAGUGAAGGUAAAAGGCCCGUCACGAUAACACAUUUUGAUAUAUCGCUGAAGUAAACAUGGACAAUAAAUGAUAAUAUUGAAACUAAUUUAUGCCUCUGACACAAAAACCCAAGAGCAGAUUUAAACCACUAAACUAUUUUAAAUCUGCAGUAUUAAAAAUCAUGAACUGCAGUAAAUAAACGGCAGAAUGAAACACUUUAGUCAUUUGUUUGCAUCUGUAAUGACUCAAAGUGAUUAAUUCAAACUUUUACGGCUUAAAUCUUAUUCUGUAGUCAAAGUAACCUAAAAUAUAUAUUGUUCCACCGUUCAUAUACUUUGGCGGAUGUGCUGCCUGCUUGUCUCCAUGGGGAUGAGCAGCGAAAUGUCUUCACUCUAAAACUUUUGUCCAU